UUUCUCGCAACACUCACAUUCCCAGUCCCGCAGCCAUGUCUGACUUUCCCAACGGCUCCGCCACAGCCGCCACAACCCUUCUACCACAAGAGUCGCCGAUCCUCCUCCGCCGUCGCAACUCCAUCUCCACAUCCAUGGUGUCGCCCAACAAACUCUCUCUACCAGCAACGCCACCCCAACGCACCAACAGUUUGGAGCUGGUCUCUCUCGAAUCCCCAUUCUCCUCCUACAUAUCCCUCAGAGACGUGCUCCCUUCCCCCAACGCCGCCACUUCCCCCGCAGCCUCCGCCAUCAACUCCGGCUACGAGAUCUCCAUCCGCAACCACCUCGUUAAGCAAGCUGCUUGGGCUUACCUUCAGCCCAUGUCCGCUUCACCAAGCUGCUCUUCCGCCCCUCACUUCCUCCACCGCCUCUGGCACAGACUCUCCUCCGCCGCCGCCGCCUGUUUCAGCUUCCUCUAUCACCACCUAGUUUCGGGUUUCGCCCAAACUUUCCGUCAAAUACUCAACGCUCUCUGGGGCCAAGUAUGGACAUGAUGCUACACGUGCAAGUCCUUUCCUUUGUAUCCAAUUGAAUUGAAGAUUGAAGAUUGAAGAAUGGGCUAUGUUUCUUAUUUUCUUCUUUUUUUUUAGUAUAGAAUUUGUAUAGCUUUGCAUUUGCCUCUCAAUUGUUGUGGCCUCAAACUCAAAGUACGAACAAAUAAAAGAACAAUCAAUUAAUCACAUGACUGAAAUUGCUUCAAAUGAGGUGGGGACAAA